GAUCCCUGGAACAAAAGCGGCAGGGGCGGUCUUACAGCAGAGCCAGAGGCGUUUCCCAAUAUUUCUGUUUCCGAAUAAAAGAGGAAGGCAGUUCUGAAGUGCUUGUCUCUCCUUCCCUAUUUGUUCCUGCUCCGGGCCGCUCUCGCCAUGGAGCAGCACGUCGACGGCGCCUUCGCCGACAACGGCUUCGACCACACUUUCUUUGCGGAGAGCGCCAGGAAGGGCUCCCUCGUCUCGCGCGCCAACAGCAUCGGCUCCACGAGCGCCUCCUCCGUACCGAACACAGAUGACGAGGACAGCGACUACAGACACGAGACCUCCUACAAGGAGUCGUACAAAGACCGGCGGCGGCAGGCGCACACGCAGGCGGAGCAGAAGCGCAGGGAUGCCAUCAAGAAAGGCUACGAUGACCUGCAGCUGAUUGUCCCCACUUGUCAGCAGCAGUCCGAGUUCGCAAUGGGGACGCAGAAGAUCAGCAAGGCAACAGUUUUGCAGAAAACAAUCGACUACAUCCAGUUUCUGCACAAAGAGAAGAAGAAGCAAGAGGAGGAAGUGUCAACUCUGCGGAAGGAAGUGAUGGCGCUCAAGAUCAUGAAGACAAACUACGAGCACAUUGUCCAGGCACACCAGAACAACCCGCAGCAAAGUGACGAGCAGGUGUCAGACCAGGUGAAGUUCAGCAUAUUCCAAAGCAUCAUGGACUCCCUUUUCCAGUCUUUCAGCACCAGCGUCUCUGUCUCCAGCUUCCAGGAGCUCUCUGCUUGCGUCUUCAGCUGGAUCGAAGAGCACUGCAAGCCACAGACCCUGCGGGAGUUUGUGAUGGGGGUGCUGCAGCAACUGAACAGCCACGCCUACUGACAAAGCCAAGCGGCUCUGGCAGGAACUGCUGUGAGGGAAGGAGCAGCCGGGUUACAGAGACCCGGGGCCUUCCACCUCACCAUCUUCGCAGUAUUCUAACUGGUAGACAGUGGAAAACGACACGUCCGGAGAGGGCGGCAAAUCCUUGCAUUUGGCACCUGUAUCCGUCGCUUGCUUCAGAUCUCGCCGAUCCACCGGAAGGCAUCUGGAGACACACACGCAACUCCGACCUGCUUACCUGGUCUCUGAUGAUUGUUGCUUGUCAAAAGGGAAACUUAAAACCCGCUACACUCAGGCGCUCAAGAGCUGCCAUCUCUUGGUGUAUAGAUAAGCGUUCCAAAUACAAAUUCUCUUUAUUCAGGGUUCUUUUGAUUUAAUUACAGUGAUCUCAGUAUUUGUUCCUCAUUCUCUUGUUUCUCUGUCUUUAUAUUUAAUGUGAAUUAGCACAUCACUUCUUCAGACUGCUGGAGGGAGCCUGAAUUAUAGCUCACCAAUGGCCUCUGUGUCUGGUUCUGUAUCACUGGUCACAGUUCUUCAGGUUCCAGAGAUUCGCUUGCUUUGUACUUGCAACACCAGGUGAAAGACUUGGCACCUGUUGUCCAAAUAAUGAGUGGCCCUUGAGGUCCAGCAUCAAAGUCCUCAUAGGAAGCCCAUCCACUACUUAGAAAAUCUGCCCUCAGGUGAUGUGAGCUUCUAAUCCACACUUCCAGCAAAAAGUCUAGACAGUGCACAGAGGGCCUGUGGUAAUUAGUUUAAUACGAAUCACUACGCAACUCUGCUGAAAGUAGCCUGGUUGGGGGUAAUGGUAGCGCACAGUUGGCGUCAACUCACCCUUCCAUGAGACUACAGGAGGAAAGAUUGAGUACCCACUGACUGAAGACAUCCAUUUACUUGGAUUUUAUUAAAAUAUUAAUGCAAUAAAUCCAAGUCCCUCCCCUACAGUUAUAGAUGUAAUCAAAAUCAUGAGCAAAUAUUCAGAAUAUUUCUUGACUAUGUAUCGCUAAUAGUUUCAUGUUAUACUUAGAGCAAGACACGCAUGCGAAAGGAGGCGUUAAGGACAUUGCUCAGCGAAGACUAUUUCUUACGUUGAAAUUACCACGUACGAAUGCACUUACUGAACCCCG